UUUAAUUGGAUGAAAAUCAUCUCUGUCUAUAGAAUCAAAUCCAAGGUGAAUGGGGACAUAAACAGCUGGAAGCCUGGAAUUUGAUUUGACAGUUUAUAUAUUAAAUUUUUGGUCGCACCCAAGGACCCCGUUUAGGAUCAACACCUUUUAAAUAAUACUUUUUACAACAAUAAACACUAUCGAUCAGUGUAUUGAUGAUCCAAAGUGUUAACUUGCUCAACAUAUCUUUUUACUUAAGAGUACAAUUGGUUAGCUCAUGGCAACUCUUUUCUCUUACCUCUGCUUACGAUCCCUACUCUUCUUCGUUCUUGUCUCAGUUUCGUUGGAGGGACAGAGCUUAUUAAACUGCGAUACGAAUUCGCUAGAUGCUUCUGGUUACCGGUGCAAUGGUUUUGGAUCACAGGACAAGUGCGGAACGUUCGCAGUGUUCCGCACCAACUCGUAUUACUCGUCUCUUUUCAAUCUGAGUUUCUACUUGGGCCUUAAUCAAACAGCAAUUUCUGAAGCAAGUGGGUUCUCUGCUGACACCGACUAUCUUCCACAAGGACAACCUUUGCUGAUCCCAAUUGACUGUGAAUGUAAUGGAGGAGGUUUCUAUCGGGCCAGAGUUACCAAGACCACCAUUAAAGGUGAGAGCUUUUAUGGGAUAGCAGAAUCACUGGAAGGCUUGACAACCUGUAAAGCCAUUAGUUAUGAGAACCCAAGCAUCUCACCAUGGGGUCUCCAAGAAAGAGUGCAGUUGAAUACUGUUUCUAACUUAUCCUCCAAGCUCAAUACUACUAUAGAAGCAAUAAUCUCUGCAAAUAACAGAUCAAACGACUUUAACAUGAAGAGUUUGGUAUCGGCUUCAACUCUUCUGAUCCCACUUAACAACAGACCAACUCUUGCUCCUCUUUUGGAUUACCCCAAUGUUGGCAUACCAGUCGUUGAUCCACCAAAGGUUCGAUCCAAAAGAUCAACAUUGUGGAGGGUUGGAGUUUACAUUGCAGUUAGUGGGAUAGCAAUAGGUGUCAGUGUUGCAAUUGCAGCAAUAAUCCUGGUGAUCCAACGGAGAAGGAAGAAGAAGCCAAACUUUUGCAAGGCCGGAGAUAUGGAAGUACAAGAGCAAAGUAUAAGAACUCUCAGAUAUAAAAAAGAGUUCUUUGAGGAUCGCCAUGACCGUCAUCUCGUUAGCCACAGAGGCGACACCACACAUCAUAAGUUGAUCUUAGAGACAUACACCAUUGAAGAGCUAACAAAAGCCACUGAGGAUUUCAGUUGGAAUAAUCUCAUUGAGGGAUCCGUGUUUCAAGGCCGCCUUAAUGGGAAGUAUCUGGCAAUAAAGCAAAUACAUCCAGAAACCAUCUCCAAGGUCGACUUUGGGCUUUUCAAUGAUGCCAAUCGUAGUCACCCUCACAUACUUCGGCUGUUAGGAACCUGUUGGAACGGCGAAACCGAAUCAUACCUGGUAUUCGAGUUUGCCAAGAAUGGGUCCUUGAAGGACUGGCUUCAUGCUGGGUUGGCAAUGAAGAGCCAAUUCAUUGCUUCCUGUUAUUGUUUCUUGACCUGGACCCAAAGGUUGAGGGUGUGUCUUGACGUAGCCAUUGCCUUACAGUAUAUGCACCAAAUCAUGCACCCCAGCUACGUGCACAGGAAUAUAAAGAGCAGAAACAUCUUUUUGGACGAAGAAUUCCACGCAAAGGUUGGAAAUUUUGGCAUGUCGAGUUGCACCGAAGAUGAGUUUGAGGAACUGCAGUCUACUUCCACUCCCCCCACCUAUUGGAUCAAAGGUUAUCUAGCACCUGAGUAUCUUCAACACGGUACUAUAUCUCCGAGCACCGAUAUAUUUGCCUAUGGGGUGGUGUUGUUAGAGAUCUUAUCCGGUCGAACUCCAAUAACCAGAGCCGACGAGAAGGAAGAAGAUAAUGUUCGGCUUUCAGAGAAGAUUAAAACAAUUUUAAGGUCGGAUGAUGGGGGCGAACUGAUGGCCUGGAUGGACCCAGCAUUGGGGAAUAAUUAUUCGUUCGACUCGGCGGUUACAUUGGCUAAUCUCGCAAGAGCGUGUGUGGAAGAAAACCCAUCUUCGAGACCGAGUGCGGGAAACAUAGUCGACAAGUUACAAAUAAUGGUGGAUGAAUUACCUGAUGGAUAG